AUGUUGACAACACACCAUUUACAUCAUCUGCAUCAUCAUCGGGGCAGUACAAACCUGGAACUGGAUAAAAUCACUAAUCUAAAUACGCUCAUUGUAGAAAUUAAUAGCCAUGUUGCUUUAUUUCGUGAUAUGCUGAUACAUGUUGGCCAAUCCAAAGACUGCCCGGAAUUACGCGAGAAAAUUCGAAAACUGCGAAGAACCUGCGUUGAAGCAUGCAAGCACACGGCGCAGAUAAUAAUGCCGCAGGUGAAGAGUGCUGUGGCCGAUGGCAUUCCUACGGACAAUCCUCACUUAGUGUUGCUCUUCUAUUUGGCGCAACUUUUCCUCCGCGAGUUAGUGAAAAGCUACCGCCUGGUGCAAGUGGUGCCAAUGGACAUGUCCGGCUACUAUGAAAAUCGCGCUGGCCCUUCGAAUCUCGGCAAUGUUAUAAGCCAAAUUUUGCUUUGCAAGCAAAUAACUCCGGAUUUCAAUCAGGAAGAAUUAUGUAGCAUCACAAAAGACUCACAGGAAAUUGCAAUGCUGCUAUCGGAAAUGCAAGAGUACAUGCCAAAGCACGAAACAUUUCUGGAACGUAAUGCUGCUCUAGAUACUACUGGCCCAUGGACAACGAAACGUAGACGUAAUUCGAUAUAUAAGAAUAUGGGUUUGUUAUGUUGCGUUUCGAGACCAAAUUAUCUCUGAGAUGAGGCCUAAACAAACUGAAACUAGUAAAGUAUUAAAAAUAAAUAUUCUUCAAAAUCAAUUUUAAAUAGGUCAAAAAUAUUCAUGGAAAAACAAUUGUGCAAAGACGAAUGACAGGAAUACAAAUAUCAAAAAUGAAAAAAUUAUAAAUUAUAAAAACUAUUGAUUACACACCAAAAAAUCAACAAUAAUUAUGAACAGGACAUCAAUUAACAGGACUCACUAGUCACAAAGUAAGAAUAUGUUAGUAGCAACAGUGUUUCUAAUAAUUAAUAAAAUUGAAAAGGAAAUAUUAAGAUAACAUUUAUUUAAGUCUAA